AUGGAAAAGACAACCGUGUCUGAUCAGGUCACACCAGCCAGUACUCGUCGUGAUGCCGAGAAAAUGGCAGAAUUCAGAGUUCAUCAGGGUACGGACCACCCAUCGGACGACAAGACAAGCCUGUCUGAUCGAGACUCAAGCGAAUUCCAAGGUGGUGUGCAGCGAGUAAGAGCCAUUACAUCAACAUGGUCGGCCAAGACGCUCAUUCUCAUGUUCAUUCUGCUUUACCUCGUGUCAUUUGUAGACGCACUCCUAAGCUCAGUCGAAAGCGCAUUAAGCCCCUACAUAACAUCUUCAUUCCACAAGCACGGCCUCUUGACAGUCGUCAGCGUCAUCUCAACCAUCCUGGGCGGCUCAUCGAAGCUAACACUAGCCAAGAUUAUCGACAUCUGGGGUCGUGUGGAGGGAUUCUUAAUCAUGCUCGUUCUCGUCAGCAUCGGUCUGAUCAUGAAAGCUACAUGCAAAAGCAUGGAGAUGUACACCGCAGCACACACUCUAUACUGGGUAGGCCACAUCGGUCUCACCUAUGUUGUGGACAUCAUGCUAGCGGAUAUGACCUCACUCAAGAACCGGAUGCUCAUGCUCGGCUUGAACGGUACACCUGGUAUCGCCAGUACCUUCGCAGGCCCCGAAAUCGCCAGACUCUUCUACACCAACCUCGAUUUCCACUGGGCAUUCGGUUCAUUCGCUAUCAUACAAGUUGGGGUUUGUAUUCCCGUCGCUGCGGUGAUGCUGUUUAUGCAACGUCGGGCUGAGAAGAGCGGUACUCUUGAGAAGACUCGUUCUGGACGGGUCUGGUGGCAGACUAUCACUCACUAUCUCAUCGAAUUCGAUGUUAUUGGAAUUAUCUUGAUCACAGCCGCCUUCUCCCUAAUCCUGAUUCCAUUUAGCAUCGCCACAUAUGGGCCCAAGGGAUGGGCGACUGGAUACAUCAUCGCAAUGGAAGUCCUCGGGGUAGCAUGCGUGCCCGCAUUUUACAUCUGGGAGCGAUACUGUUCACCGGUGCAAUUCCUCCCGUGGAAAUACCUGAAAGACCCCACGAUAAUCGGCUCGUGCAUGCUGUACGGCGUGAUGUUCACCUCCUGCUUUACUUGGAACAGCUACUUCAGCUCGUACCUACAAGUCGUCAAUAGACUCGACAUCACGACAGCCAACUACGUGCUCAAUGCUUUCUCCCUGACUUCUUUCAUCUUCAGCCCUAUCUUUGGCCUAGUGAUAAGCUGGACUGGCGACUUCAAAUGGACCGCCAUGGCCGGCGUCCCAAUCUUCCUCCUAGGAACAGCUCUCUUGGUCCCGUUCCGCGCACCCGACACACACGUGGGCCUACUGACAAUGAUCCAAAUUCUGGUGGGACUCGGCAGCUGCCUGUUCACGGUGUGUGGACAGCUAGCGAUUAUGGCGCCGGUAACACACCAAGAAAUCGCGGUUGUGAACGCGGUCUGGGGAUUAUUUGGGUCGAUUGGAGCGGCGGUGGGAUCUGCCAUUGCCGGCGGGAUGUGGAAUAAUAUCCUCGAAAAGGAGUUGUAUAAUCGCCUGCCGCAAGAGAGUAAGCACCUUUCGGCGAGCAUCUUUGCGGACAUUGUGAAGCAGAUGUCGUAUGCGGAUGGGACGGCGGAGCGAGAUGCUGUUGUUGGGGCUUAUGCUGACGUUCAGAGGAAGAUGGCGAUUGUUGGGGUUUGUUUUGUGCCACUUUGUAUUCUUUGCACUUGGUUUUGGAGGAAUGUGAAUGUUAAGAAGUUGGAGAGGGAGCAGACCGCUGGGAAUGUUUGGUAG